GGUUGCAUAACAUCUUCUUGUUGAGAGAUGUCUAUAAUUUCUUCUUCAUGUUCUUGUAUUGAGCAUUGUUCAAAUCUUGAAAAUUUUCUUCAUUCAGUAACUCCUAUCACCAAUCAUGCUUCGGUUCCUAUUAAUACGAGUCGAGUAGAAGAAGCAAACGGUGAGUCAAAUAAGGCACAUCUAAAGCUACAAGAUAUAUGGGAAAUCUACGACGAAUGGAGUGCUUGUGGUGUUGGUGUCCCGGUUAUAUUGAAAAAUGGUGAACAAGUUGUUCAAUAUUAUGUCCCUUAUCUUUCUGCAAUCCAAAUAUUUAUGAAAAAACCUAAAUCAUCAACCAGCUUGGAAGAAGAAAUCGAUGUGGUUGCUCUACGACAUGGUUCACCAACCGAAGAUGAUGAUGAUGAUGAUGAUUCAAGCCCAAAAACAAAGGAGGUGACUUCUAAAGGGUUUGAAAUUGAUCAUAAUUAUUGUCACAUUUUAGUUGACCGUGGCAAUCUUUAUAUACAAUUCUAUGAAACAUGUUCUCCAUAUUUACGAGUGCCGUUUAUAGACAAAAUUAUUGAAUUGGCUCAAAGUUAUCAAGGACUAUUUACAUUUAGCAUCAACGACAUAUCUCCAGCUAGUUGGAUGUCUGUUGCUUGGUAUCCUAUCUAUCAUAUUCCGGGUCGGGUUCAAAUUUGCAAGGACCUUUGCGCUUGUUUUCUCACUUUUCAUGCUCUAUCAUCUUCCUUCCAAGGUAAAAACAAAGAAGAAGGUGUACAAAAUGAUGAGAAUAAGUUGGAUCAGUUUGUUCCAUUUGGGCUAGCAACUUACAAGAUGCAAGAAGGAGAUGUAUGGAACAAUAGUGAUAGUGAUAAGGAAAAGAUUAAAGAUUUGCAUGUUUGUGCUUCUUCAUGGUUGAAGAAAUUCCAUAUUCAACAUCCCGAUCACAUCUUCUUUACUCAAUAGCGCUCAUGGAAGAAAGUUUCUAUAUCUUAUUUAAUGUUGUUAUUUUUGUUUGCAAUGACUAGCAUGGUUACUGGUUAGCUUCUGUGUAAUUUUGUUAGUGAGGGUCAUCAAUGAAGGGGCUGAAACUUAACUUGACAUUAAGCGAGUCAAUUGUUUGAUUGGUAUGGACCGUCUAGGCAAAAUAAUAUCGAUUUAAUUUUCAAAACGAAUUUUAAGAAGAAAUUAUGUUAGUUGAAAAGUA